UUCAGAAAGCAUCGAAAAGUAAUAAGAAGAAGCAAUGGCCCGUACAAAGCAAACCGCACGUAAAUCGACUGGUGGAAAGGCACCACGUAAGCAGUUGGCAACCAAAGCUGCCCGUAAGAGCGCACCAGCCACCGGAGGUGUAAAGAAACCACAUCGUUAUCGUCCAGGAACAGUCGCUCUCCGUGAAAUCCGUCGUUACCAGAAAUCAACUGAAUUGUUGAUCCGCAAAUUGCCAUUCCAACGGUUGGUCCGUGAAAUCGCUCAAGAUUUC